AAUGGCGAAGUGAUUGCUAUUGCUCUUUUUCUUUUUGUUCGAAUUUCAUUUUCGCGUCGAUAUACUAGAGCAACCGAAUAAAUUAUAUAAAAACCGCGCCAACGCCAAACAAAUUACAGCAGCAUGUGGAAUCAAUGGUCGGUCGGCGGAGCGGUGCCAACUGUGCCAAUGGCUGGACUGCCACCACAGCCGUCCGUGCCACCGCCACUGGGGCAACCGCCGCCGCCACCGCCAUCGGAUAGUUCUUCCGCUGCUGCGCCCGCAACUGCAGCUUAUCCCGUUGCUACGACUACCGCCUAUAUGAGCAGCGCGGCAUCAGCACAAACAAGCAGCAACCCCUAUGAGCAGCACACUGCCGCCCAGUAUGCGGCAAUGACCCCAGAUCAACAGUAUAUGGUGCAACAACAUUGGCAGCAGUGGCAAGCCUAUCAGCAGGAGUAUGCCAAAUGGCAUGCGCAAUACGGCGAGCAGUACAUGCGGGAAACGGCCGCGGCAGCUGCCAGUGGCACAGCAAAUGUGGCGCCCGGUGCGGCGGCAGUUGCUACACCCAUUUUGCCUGUCUACCCACAAAUGGCGCCACAGUUGCCAGUGGUGCAGCCCGCUGCUGCAACAGCCGCUGCAGCUUAUUAUGCACAAACGGCGCCGCCACCAGUUGCAGCUGCGCCACCUCCAGUGGCCGGUAAAAUAAUGGGACAGCCACAUAUGUACAAUCAGCCACCUCCACCACCUCCACAGGGCUACCAGCAGCAGCAGCCUUACCAACAAGGUCCACCACCAGCAGCAGCUAAUAAGUGGCAGCAGCAGCAGCCGCAAAGAUAUGAUCAUAUGCCGCCCGUUGGCUACAAUCAAGCUCAACAUGCGCCUGAUGGCAAUAUGUUUCCCAACUUGCAGCAACCACCGCCAACGUUUAUGCAGCAGGCGCCGCCAAACCAAAUGGAAUCACCUUGGUCCAACAACAAAUCCAAUAACGCCAAUAGAGCUAACAGCAACGAGCAGCAGGGCGCAGCCAACAACAACAACAACAAUGCCCGCAACAACAAUCGCUGGCAAGGCCCCCAAGGCGAUGUCAGCAAUGCCAGCAACAACAACAAGCCAAAUCAAUUUGGUAAUCGUCGCAAUUGGCAAUCUGGCAAUUCUGGUAAUAACCGCAACAGCAAUAACCAGGAUGAUCUCUCAGCAGCUGGUCCAGGUUCAGGUCCAGCAGUUGGUUGUUCGGGUAACUUUGGCAACGAUAAUUUUGGUAACUUUGGCAACAAUAGUGGAUCUGCAGCUAUGGACAAUUAUGCUGGCAGCAACAACAACAAUCGUCGCAGCAACAAUAACAGCAACAACAACAACAUUGGCAUUAAUCGUUGGCAAGCUGGUGCUGCUGAAAACGCAUCCUAUAACAAUAGCAGCAAUAAUUAUAAUGAUGCGGGCUUUCAAGCAAACAACAAUAAUGUAAACAACAACAAUGGCAGCACGGGUCGCCCAACAAUCUUGUCUCAUCAGCGCAUUAGUCCGCCGGAACUGGAUGAGGCAAGCUUUGAUCGUUUGUUUGAUCAAUGGGAGAAACAAUUUGAGGAUUGGAAGCGUGCCAAUGCAAAUCAUCCAGAUCGCGAUGAAUAUCGACGCUAUGAAGAGGAAUUCGAAAAGCAGCGUCGACGCAUUGCCGAGCGACGCGAACUGAUGCGACGCCGGCGUCAGGGGCAGCAACAGCAGUCGCCAGACCAGCAACAUCAACAGCCACAACACCAACAACAGCCACCAUCAUCGAAUCAGCAGCAGCAGCAGCAACAACAACAACAACAACAACAAAGGCGUCCUUUUGACAAUAAUGAGCCUGCUGGUCGUUUUGGCAAUCGUAGAGACAGAAGCAUGGAUAAGGAUGAGCAACUAAAGCAGCCACCGCCUGCAACGAAGCCAGCCACUCAAGCUAAGCCUCAACAAGAGCCCAACAAGGAUAAAGACAAUGUUAAGAUGCCUUUGGGCAAGCGUAAGGCUGAAGCGGUAGCCAAAUCCGCGCCAGCCAAGCAAUCAAAGCAGGAGCAAAUCUUAACCAUCUCGCUGGAUGAUGACGAUGAUGAUGAUGAUGAUUGUGUGGUGGCUGUGCAGCCGGAUAUAUCCGAUAUAUCCAAUGACGAGACAUCCAAUGCCGCCGAUACGCCCAUGAAGAAUAUAUUCCAGAAAAGCGAUGGCAUACCAGGUCUGGAUUUAGUUGCUGAGGGCGCCGCUGCUGCUGCAGCCUCAGCUGAAGCUAAUGAUGCUGCCAAGGUAGACAAGAAAAUCCCUUCGCUGUUUGAUGUGGUCAUUACCAAGCCCGGAGGAGAUGUUGCUAAGCAGAAUGAGGAAGUAGCAGCUGCUAGCGCCGCCAAAGAAAAUGAAAUGCUGGCGGAUAACGUUAAUAAUGCACUCAAGGAUCCGGAGUUCAUGAACAAUCUGUCGCAGGCCUUGGCAAAGGCGCGGCAGGCUAGCGCUGAGGAAUCCAACAACAACAAUAAGCAAAGAAAUAAUAAUAAGGCUAGCAGCAACAAUAAUAAUUACAAAAGCGAUGACAAUAACGAUGGACGUCCUAUAAGCUUUGCUGAGUGGCAGCGCAAGAAGAAUAAUCAAAACAACGCGCCCAAUGAGCAACCGGGUCCUGGUAAUGGUCCUAACUUCGGACCAAAUGGGCCACCAUAUGGACCAGAUGGCUCACAGCUGAUGGGGCCAAACUUUGUUGAUUUCAAUGGUCCACCUGGUAACUUUGGACGCAAUGGUGCACCAAAUGGACCAAACUUUGGUGGCCGCAAUGGACCUGGUCCAAAUGGUCCAUUUGGCCGAAACUUUGGACCCAACAAUAAUAACUUUAAUGGACCUGGACCUGGGCCAAAUUUCAAUGAUCGUGGUGGUCCCAAUUUCGGGCCAAAUUUCCGUGGCAACGGUCCCGGCCCUGGCGGACAGUUUCGUCCCAACUUCUGCGGCCCUAAUGGACCUGGCAACGGACCAAACUUUGGUGGACACUGCGGGCCAAAUGGGCCGCCAAACUACGAUCCCAACUCGUUUAGUGAUAAUCCGUUUAGACGCAACGGUGCACCCAGCUUCGAUGAUAGCCCACGCGAUGGACCAUUUGGCCCCGGACCGCGUGGCAACAACUUCGGGCCGCCGCGUGGUAACAACUUCGGACACAAUGAUAACCACAACAAGAAGCCCUGGUCUGAUAGCGCGGACAGCCACGCCCACGCCCAUACCCAGAGCCACGCCAACGCCCACACAAAACGUGCUAAGAUGUCCGGCGAGCCAAUCUUUCGGCCAGUGAAAGUCUUUGACUAUCAGAGCAGCCACAGCACGCCGCCCAAGGUGAUCGACUAUGGCCAUGGCUCGGCAAGUGCAGCAGGCGGACGAAUAAUCAGUGCAGGUGGAGCUGGAGUUGGCAUGGGAAUUGGCAUUGGAGCGGGAGACUUUCGACCAGUGAAGACAUUUGAAUAUGGACACGCGGCGGGGGCGGCGCCAGUAGUAGUCGCCAAUCGUAAUUUGAAUUUAAGCAACAACAACAACAACAGCAACAACAAUAAAAAAAAGAAUAAAAAGAAAAACAAAAAUCAGCGUCAAAGAAUGUUGCAACAGCAGCUGCAGCAGCAACAAACAGAACAACAACAACAUCAGUCGCAAGUGUUAAGCGCAGCCGCUAAGAACACCAGUGGCAGUCAAGCAGCUGAUCUAGAAGAUAUAUCCGAUGGCGAGGAAAACUUAACUGGCGAUGAGGUGCCGCCACCAGCACCAAAGUUCAAGCAGCAGCAGCAGGAGCAGCAAUCAUCAUCAUCAACAGCAGCAGCAGCGAAUGCACAACGCUGCAUGCUCAACAGUCAAUCGCCCUUAGUUUUAGUCAAUCAAGCAACAGACGCUGCCUGCGCGGAGAGUGUGGUCAGCUCCACUUCGGAGGAGCGCAGCACAAUUGCCAUUGAUGAGCUGCUGUUGCCGCCGGGUCGUCAGUUGCGAGCCAAACGCAUUUGCAUCAUCAUACGCGGUCCGCCUGGCAGCGGCAAGUCGCAUGUGGCGCGUCUGAUUAAGGAUAAGGAGCUGGAGAUGGGCGGCGCCAAUGCGCGCAUACUCAGCAUCGAUGAUUACUUCAUUAUCGAGAAUGAGUAUGAGGAGAAGUGCCCAAAGACAGGCAAAAAGAUACCCAAAAAGGAAAUACUCUACGAGUACGAUGAGAACAUGGAGGAGACCUAUAUGCAAUAUUUGCUUAAAUCAUUUAGGAAAACGCUCAGUGAUCAUCUCUACGAUGUGAUCAUUGUCGACUGCAACAACAACACGCUGCGCACCCUCAAUGAGUUCCAUAGCAGCGCCAUUGAAGCAAACUUUGCGCCAUACGUAAUUGAUUUGCACUGCGAUGUGGAGACUUGUCUAGGACGCAACAGUCAUCAGCGGAGCGAGGCGGAGAUACGCGCUGUAUUGGAGGAUUGGGCUGAGACGCCGCCGCAUUUUAGGAAGCUGGACGUCUCGACGCUGCUGGAGAAUGUCGUAGAGAUGGAAGAUGUUGAGAAUAUGGCAACGGACGAUAAUGCCAACACCGAAGAGCAAACUCAAGAGUCGAGCGUUGACGAACCUCAAGCUGUUGCUGCUGCUGCUGUUGCCGCCGCCGCUGCUGCUGCUGCUGCAUCUGCUGCACUUGUGCAUGAAGACGAGGAUAGCAACAGCGCCGACGCUGCCAAUAAUUGCGGCUUUCUGAAAAGCAAAUGGGAGAACGAUACCACUGAAGACAAUUUGGCUCGUUUGGAUGGCACCAAGCGGCUGCUGCUGCAUAAACGCAACAGCGCUGCCACCAGCAUGGAGGAGUUUUUGCAGCUAGACGACUGGCAGCCACCCACAAUUAAUGCCGCCGAUGGCAAGAAGCGCGUGCGCUGGGCGGACAUUGAGGAGAAGCGUGCACAGCAGAAAAUGCGUGCCAUUGGCUUUGUGGUGGGCCAAACGGAUUGGAAGCGCAUGAUGGAUCCAAAUGCGGGCAAUCGUGCGCUCAACAAAACCAAAUACAUUGAGCGUGUUAAUAAGCGUCGCUAAGCUGCAGCUGUCAUUGGAUUAUUAGUUUAUAUAGUGCAACCGAUUAUUAACAAUUUGUGUGUGUGUGUGAGUGUGUGUGUGUGUUGCAUUGCAUGCAACUGAGCUCUGUAAGCUUUUGAAUUCCAAUACACCUAGUGCUCAAUUUAUCUGAAAUAUAUUUGUUUUUGGUUUGCAUGCUCAUAGUAUUUUCUAUAUAUAUAUAUCAUUAUAGUUAUUAAGUCAUUAUUUAAUACGUUUCAACACGCGCAGACAGCAGCGUGCAUUACUCAAAUGUUUAUUGUUUAACAAAUCAAUUUUGUUUGAAUAACUUUGUCAGCAAAUAGUUUAGCAUGCUUUUUAUUUUAAUUUUUUGUUUGUGUAAAUAAGCAUAAGUUAUACAACAACUUAAUAUAAAUCAAAAGCUCGAAAGUACAAAUUAAUGAAAGUAUUGUGAUUUUGUUGCGGGGCUAAUAAAGAAAUUUAUAAUAUA